AUGACCCAGAAAGCACCCCCACAAGAGAGGGUUGAGGAUGUGACCCUUAUGAUGGACAGGCAGACCAACAGGCAUAGAGGUUUUGGUUUUGUGGUCAUGGAGAAUGAAGACAACGUUGACAAGAUCUGUGAUAUGCACUACCAUGAAGUUAAAGACAAAAUGGUCGAGGCCAAGAAAGCGCAACCCAAGGAAGUCAUGAUGCCUCAGAAUCAGCUACGUCAACGGACAGCGCUCAUGAGGAACAUGUACGGCAUGUACGUUGCACCGUGGAAUCCCUAUGCUCAAGGCACCUGCACUAAUCCAAGCUUAUCUCCUUCUAUGCCGAUUCUUCUGGAGUCUGUCCCUAAUGUGAAAGGUUACCCAGCAAAUUUUGCAUUUGGGAGGUCUUAUCCUGCUUACCCUCCCUUCACCCCAUACUUUAGUGAGAGCGGACUCAGUAAUGAGCAGUUGACGUACUUGAAGACGACCGGACUUGACAAGUCUGUGUGUAUCGCCUCUCCCGGCUUACAUGCUUACCCCAGUGGUUACGUCAUGCCUCAUGGAAUCCAGCCUGCCAUUGAACAGCAGCGACGCACUGCCGGCCUCAUUCCGUACUCAUACCCUGACUAUGGCUCCUCGGGGCCAGCAACGAUCAGGGCAGCCAACUGCACUACGCAAAACCGGACCGACGGGAACACUGGCGUGACCCAGCACCAACAGGCCGAGUACAACCGGGAAUACCAUCAGGCUGUGAUGAACUCCCCGUAUGCACAGCAGAGUUACGCCCCUUCCCCGUCGCCCGUCAAUAACCGCAGCGGGUUCAACGUUAACAGCAGCCCGGGCCCCAUGGACCUGUACGCUGUAUCUACGACCCAGGCAGAGCAGAACGCAAUGAGUACAGGUUUUGUACCCGCUGUCAGCCCACAACCAAAUAACUAUGGAAUGGGACAGAAGACUUACGGUGGUGCCAGCCAGAACUACAACCCUCUCGUUCACGGAAGAAACUUCUAGAGAAAUUAUAUCGGAUUGGAACCAGGACUCAAGUCUGUGGUUAACACUACCAUCAUUGUGGAUAAAUACAAGGCGCCAGACUGCCAAGGCAUCUGCCAAGCUCAAAUUUUUUUAUCUGAAAAAAAAUGUCAACACUAUUUUUUUGUACACAACAGGCGAAAUUAUUAUAAAAGUAAGAAGGCUAAAUCAUGUAUAGAGACAAAUUGAAUUGGAUUUUUGGAGAAGAAAAGUGUCAAAAUUAUCAUGUGCAAGCAAAAAAAAUUAAAACAGGAACCAAAUCUAUGUUAGAUAUUCUGCGAUUUACUAUUGGUGGAAUUUUUAGUGGAUUAAAUAGAGUUGCGACAUAAAUGCAUCUGAAGUUUUGUUUUAUGUUUCCUAUCUAAUGGCUGUUGACCAAAGCAGAGAGAGGGACGAUGUAAAGAAUUGAGUGCACAUUGGGGGAAAGGAAGAGAGGUUUAAAUGGGGAACAUUUUUAGGCUGAGGCCUGGUGUGCGAUUUAACAAAAAAACAACUAAAUUAACAACAUUGUGUGGUUAUUUAAGUAAUAUAUCAUUAUUCUUAAAACAGUGCAAGUUGAAGGUAUGGCCAUUUUUUAUCCGUUUGUGUGAUGGUCAAAAAAACAUAUUUGCGAAUAAUUGUGUCAAUUUUUUGAUCUUUGAAAAUAAAAAUAUCUAACAUAAAAACAAAGUUUUUUGCUCUUAAACUAUUAAUGUAGCUUGCGGAAAAAAUACAAAAUCUAGAUGUAUGAGUUUUUACAGUGGUUAUUUGCAGAAUGUAGUGUGUGGAGAAAUGUAGUAACGUAAUUGUAGUUUUUAGAUUUGCAGUGAGAUAUCGGUGUAGUUGGGUAACUGUGUAGCAUUUAAGUACUCGUAGUCAAGUCCCGUAGUUGUUACUUCAUUCAUAAUACCAACACUUCAUGUGUGGGGUUUUUACAAUUUUUAUUUUCACCUUUUUAAGUUUAUCUUAUUUUUGUUUAUAAUAUUAUGAAGUAAGUUUUAAAUAAAAUCUUGUAAAGGUAUUUUGCCAGAGUGCCAAUGAUGACAAACUGUGUAUCCCAAAGAUAAAUAAAUAAUUCAUAGUUAAUUGAUACGAUUUUUUGUCAAGAUUUAACUUAAAUCUCUUAUGAAAGUAUACUUUGCAACAAGAAAAUAAGAGAGAUUAAAUGAAGAGCGGGGAAACUCAGUACCUUUAGCAACUCUUAGGCCAGGUUUUUAGACUUUAAAGAUGUCGCAUAAAUUUAAAUAAAUUAUGUACUGUUGUUUUUCUAUGUAUUUUAAAGUAUCUCAAUUUAGACUUGCUUAGACAUUUACUUGAUAUAAAUUAUGUUCUUCUUCUCUGGGUUAUGUGCCAAAUUAUUUCUGUGGGUCACUCAGAUGCAGCUUUGUAUAUUUAUCAUGAAACAGCAGUAGAUUGUUUUUGGUCACGAAAUAGCAGUUGGGUUUAAGCAAAAACGUCUAUUCAGUGUCAUUGGUAAUGUGUGCAGCAGUUUGUGCACUUGUUGUAGUUUCAAAAUGACCUGGAAUUACACUAGAACUUUGAAGGUUUUUAGGCGGACUUGACUGAAUGUAUUGUGGUCAAACAUCUGUAUGGUGAGUACCCUAUCUGUUUUUGUCAAACUCUCAGCCAAAAAAGCUGUAUUUAUGCUGAUAUUUUUCCAAUGCACCUAGGUUCUAUUUAUUCUAAAAAAAUUCCCCAUAGAUUUUGCAGUUUGAUUUAAUAAACAUGAAAGUGCUGUUUUUCUUUUGGCUAAACGAAAUAGGCCUGUUACAUUGGGAAAAUGUAAAUAUGUUGCUGGAUUUUGUUGUUGGCAUUUUAUGUAUACAAAAAUAACAUUAAAAUAAAAUAAACAAUUUGUAGAAUUCUUUGGAAAAAUAUCAGUAAGCAUUGUUACAUUGAGAGUGUACCCAAACUGCCGUUGUGUUACCAACAAUUAUUAUCUCUUUUUUUAUUUUUGAGGUCCUUGUACAGUUUGGAACCCAAACAGGUUUUUUCGUACAGCAAUACUGGACAAUAAGUUCAGAUAAAAAUUUGCCAACUUUUUCACUAAUUUUCUUCAGUUUGUGAUUUUUCUUUUUAAAUUGCAAGUUUUGGUUUUCCUAAUGGCUAUAUUCUUUGUUUUGUGAUUUUAAAAGUAAAUACAUAGCAUCUAUGCAUAUGAAGCAUUUCUUGUUGUUUUUCGGAAAUGAAUGUAAAAAGUUGUCCGCCAUGUAAAACCAACAAAUUGCAAUUCUUGAAUAACUAAAAAAAAAAAAAGAAGCCUUCUAAGAAAAUUUUGUGUGAAUUUUGUUUUACCGUACAUUGUUUUGGAUCAGUUGUUUACAUGUUGUCAUUUCCUAGUAGAGUGAAUGGUACUAUCCAUGCCAAUUCAGUAAACAAAAACAAAACCAAAAACUGCCUGGAUGGUUAAUUUAACAAAUCUAUGCCGAUAUCUCAUAUUGACUGUAGUGUUGUUCCACGUGAGUAAUACAGUCUCAACUAUACUAUAGUUGGGACCGUCAUCAAGUUUGGGGUACGUUAAAACAAAAGAGAACAAAAAAUACAUGGUAAAACAUUGGUAUUUGAAAUACAUAUUUCGUUUUUAAGAAAAUAUCCCAGGCUGCACACUAUGGUUAUUACCCGGAUUCAGCCAAAAACAGCUGAAAAAAAGUUGAAUCUUGAUAUCAUACACAAUUAUGAACCGUAAAAGUACUUCAAAUUUUGGAAAUAUUUGGGCUCCCGUUGAUCGGAAUAUUACCAAUGUUUUACCGUUGAGAUAUCUCUUUCAAAAUAAGUGCUGUGUUACUAUACAUAGUAGGAGACUGCCAGUUAGUAUAUGCGGUAGUCAGUGGUGAAAAGCAAAACACAAAGAAUAUGCCAAACUUUAAAAACUGAAACUUUCUGCUGCUGGUUGUAACAGUGUAGUUGUCUGCAGAAUAUCGUUCACUGGGAAAUUUGGUACCGAGAGCUUCUUUUUCGUUGAAAUUUUGGGAUCACGGAAUCAAUUGAUUUCACUUUAUAAAGCUGUGCUGUGUUUGGUUGUUUGGGUUCAUAUCUUUAGAAUUGGAGACAUAUCAUGGCACUUCUUGGAAGCGUGCGUGAGUCAAUCAGUAGAGUUGUAUCAGUCCACUCAUGCAAACGUUUUUAAAACAAAAUGAUGUAUUCAAUUUCUAAAUUGUGCAAGAAGACUCUGGAACAAAUUCUCCAUCUGUGCUUCAAAAAUGAUUAUAUGCAUGUAUACAAUGAGUUAUGUUUUAAAGAAACACUUGAUUAAGAUCCCUUUAGAAUUUAGUGUGAUCGUGUAGUACAGAGGGUCUAUAAGGGUAGUGUCGUAGUGCAUCAGUGUAUUGUGUGUUCAUGUAUACUUCUCACACUACCUCUGUCUAUAUCAUAAAUGAAUGAUUAUAACAAAGAAAAAAGAAUUAGUGUUUAAUCUUGUACAGUACAUUACAUGAGGGAGGACUGCAGCAAGUUUAGGUCAGACACUAUUGUCGUUUUCCAAUCUUACUGCGGAUGAAAACUUUAAAAAAUACAAAUCCACAAUUAUAUGAUAAUCGUAAAGUUUAUAUUUUUUAAAACCAAUGAAUUUAAUUUAUAAUAUCAUUUUAAAAAUACUACAAUCGUUGAAACGGUUUUCCCAUGAUGUAUAUUUAUUUUUUAACAAAUGCCCAAAUGAUCAGAUAGUGAUGGAAAAAAAAGAACUAACAACAACAACCAUGCAAGAAACUUGACAAAAUACUAAUUCCAAAAAUAAAAUUAAAUACCAGAUUGUAGAAAUUGCCAAAUAAUUUUCGGAUGCUUUAUGUCCCCAGAUAAUGAUUUUUCUCCCCUGAAAAUGUUUGAAGAACUGAACACAUUUUUUACUGAACUCUUAAAACCUACAUAUUGCGCUGUGCUUUAAUUGCUCUGCUCAAUUUAAAAUGCACUUUUUUGUGGCCAAAAUCAUGAUAGAAUUUGUUGCCUUGCUAAUAUAAGGAGUGACUUCGUUCACAUUAUGACAUCAUAAGGCGACUGUUUCAUUGGUCCCCUUGUCUAGGAUGCAGAUCUUAAACACUAACUUAUAACACAGGGCACCGUUUGAAAAAUGGCCGCCAUGGAGAAAGUGUUGAUUGGUCUGCCUCAGAAACCCACUUUGUCUGAGAUCGCCUGUGGAAAAACGCACAAUGUGAAUCGGAAAAAGAUCUGAUAAAGAAAUGCAGUUUAAGAACUGGACAACAGUACCACCAAAAAAAAAAGUAAAUGAAAAAAAAAAUUAAUUGAAUGUUUAUCUGUGAGGCAGUUAAAUUCUUAUGCUUUUGGGUCACUGGUAUUUAUAGCUCCAUAUAUAUUAUAUAACACCAAAACUAUCUGCUGUUGUACUGCAAUUAAAUAUUCUAAUCUUACAUGUAGUGUCUAUUGGUAGAUUUGUCGAGAGAAAAAACACAACAUUCAGGGAAUACUAUAUGGAUGCAUUGUAAUGCUAUUUUUCCAUUUUCUGCAUGUAAAUGCUUUAAAAAUGUCAAUACACUAAAGUAAUUUUUUGUAAAGGAGUGUGGUCCCUUCCAUGUUUUGAUUUUAUCUAUGAUAUUAAUUAUUAAUUGUAAGUCUAGUUUCUGGGAACGGUUGAUAUUAUUAUAUUUUUUAGAACUUUUUAGAAUUUUAAACACUAGUCAUCUGUAACGUAGUUGAUUUUUCGAGAAACUUGUAGAGGUAGAGUUAAAUUUAAUGUCAGAUGUUUAAUGUAGAACUUAAUGAAAUUUCAACAAAUCAUGUGUACAGUGAAUUUUGCUUUGAAAAAAAAAAAUAUACUAAUAAUGGAAUGGUAACAACUCCAGUGAUCAUAAACAUGUAAAAUUAGUUGGCCAAUCCAGCAGCUGAAAAAGUGAUAUAGGCAUGCCCAGCUAACCAAUCAGAUUGGAGCUAUGAAAUAUUUGGAUUGUCAAGUGUUAUAAAACAUGGAGUUGGAUUGGCCCACUGGAAGCGCUUAUAAAUGAUCACACUUACUUAAUUGGAAGAAUAAAAAAAAAAAGGAGAAACAAACUAUAUAUAAAUGCAACUCUGGAAGUUCGGAACAAUUUCACUUUUCACUGUUUAUCGAGGUGGACUUAAUAAUAAUUAACUGCUUGUCCUUGUGUGUGAAUUCUACAGUACAAUUUUAAUAUUGGAUGAAUCUUUACUCAUUUUUUUUAUGGCAUCAUCUCUAAAGAAUGUCAAAGAUUCUGCAAUCACCUGAAAACAGUGGAUGGUAUGGAACAAAGUGCUUCCAGAUUUGUAGGAGACAAAGAAUGUGGGGCAUCAAAAGUAUAAAAACAAAUAAUUGUCAGAAUAAUGAUUCAUGCUACCUUAAUGUCGCCCACUAAAUUCACCAAUUUAAAAAAAAAAAAAAAUAUUUGACGGGUCAACAUUUUGUAUGGAAAUUUUAAAGAGUAGCUGUCUAGUAAUCAGAAGUAGAUCUUUGAACACGUGGAAGAAAUCGGAAGAUAAAAAUGCUAAAUAUUAUGUGAAAAAUCAUUUCAAAUUGUUGUUUUUAUGAA